GCGCAACAUCCGCUCCAUAUUCUCUGAACUUUAUUUUGAAAGGCUGCUGACGUAAUCGGGAACACGUUCCUUUACGUUUCCUGACGUUUCUUUACGUCUGUGUGUCGUCGCCCUCUGACGGUAUGUGGAAAGUAGCAAUGUCGGAGGAGGUUGGAAAGGCGCUGCAGUCGGUGGUUGAUCGGGUGAACCAGGCGGCGACACGCCGGCCCAAGGUAACCAGAGCCCGGCAGAACCCUGCUCAGGAGCCCCGUUAACCAAGCUCCUCAGCCGGGUCCAGAUAAUGUCUCUGCGGCGGCACGACGCGUUAUGUAAGGCUGCCAAACACCUCAACCUUUGGAUGGGAGGCAGAGAGCUGCUGGCAGCACUUUCAUAACAGCAUGCAUGCUUCGUGCGUGGUGUGCGUGAUGUGCGGGGGGGCAAGAGGAGUCUGCAUGCAGAGAAACACCGAGAUUAUAAUGUCGUGAUGUGCAUGUUUGAAGGUUUUUUAUCCACAUUUGGAUUAGCCUGUCUUCACCUGAGCACUGACAGCCAUGAAUGUAAACAGGUCGUUAUCACGCACACAUCCUGCGUGAUGCUGCUUCGUGAAGGUUGAUAUGUAGGUCAGAGGACGAACCCCAGCUCUGAUAUCAGGAAACAUCAGUUUGAACCUGACAGGCUGAUCUCACACUGAUGUGUUCACUGAUGGAGAUAAUGUGUGUGUGUGUGUGUGUGUGUGUGUGUGUGUGUGUGUGUGUGUGUGUGUGUGUGUGUGUGUCCUCCCUCAGACUCUUCCUGCUGUGUCUCCUCGCCUCGUUGCUGUCAGUAAGACCAAACCUCCGGACAUGGUGGUGGAGGCGUACAGACAGGGUCAGAGGAACUUUGGGGAAAACUAUGUGAGUAAAAACAGGUGAAUGAACAGCAUGAAUGAUAAACUCUGACAGGUAUAGAGGGAUCAGUCUCACCUGUGUGUCCUCUCCAGGUGAAUGAGCUGGUGGACAAGGCUUCAGACCCUCUGGUAUGUUUACAGAUUUAUGAAAUAGACUCUAUUCUCUCUUUCAAGCUCUCAUAAACUUUCCUUCUCGUCCUCCAGAUUUUGGCCUCCUGUCCGGACAUUAAGUGGCACUUCAUUGGUCACCUACAGAAGAACAACGUCAACAAACUCUUGGGUAAGUCACACCUGCUGCACCUGAUCCAUGUGCAUGUUUUCAAAUCUCACAUUUACCCUCCCUAUCCUCAGGUGUGCCAAACCUCUUCCUGGUGGAGACGGUGGACUCAGUGAAACUGGCCGAUAGGGUGAACAGCUCGUGGCAGCGUCUGAGAGGAGCCAGCAUGCAGAGGCUAAAGAUCAUGGUGCAGAUCAACACCAGUGGAGAGCAGAGUGAGUGUUGAUUCCUGUGUGUCUGCAAACACACACAGACCCUCGGGUGUUUUCAAACUGUCACCUGGUCUCUGCAGGUAAACACGGCCUUCCUCCAGAGGACACAGUGAACACAGUGAAGCACAUCGUGUCUCAGUGCUCCGCCCUGCACUUCUUAGGACUCAUGACUAUCGGACGCUAUGGCUACGACCUCAGCCUGGGCCCCAACCCUGACUUUCAGGUACACAAGCUGGACUUAGAACAUGAUGAGGAUCAGGAGGCGGCGCAUGGAGAGCGGUUUGAUCCAGAGACGUAGUUAAUGUCAUCUCAGGGAGCCCCUCAUUAAGAGCACCUCCAUACUGUACUCUGUUUCAUUACUUAGAUCAUUUUCCGGUUUUAAUGUACAAAUUUCCAUCAUUCAUACUGUUGCGUCCCCUCACUGGCACCCUUGCUGUAUUAAACAGGAUUUUUAAAAUUUGCUGAUCACUCAAAGUGUAGAAAUGCAGACCCUGAAUGAGCAAUCUUGUAAGUUUGGGUCCUUGUGUGGGGCUUCGAACCUGUCAAACAUACGAUACCACAGCCUCAGUCCUUCUUCUUCUGCUGUGGAGGGUUUGACUAUUACCUUUCUUAGCUACGCAUUUAUGCUGUUCAAUUUCUGGGUUAAAGCCUGAUGUGCAAACUGUGGAGCACACUCAGAACACUCAGGCCAGUUUCAGUCCUAUCAUAAAUGCAUCUGUAGAGCUACAUGAUGUAGAAGUCAGAUUCAGAGUGAUUUCAGAUAGACUAACAUUUCUCUUUGUGUUGUGAUAGUCAGGGUUGGAGUUAAGGUCAGACAUGAGAGUGUGGUCCUUGCAGGAUCCAGUGCAUAAGAUGGUGGAAUUGCAGUUCCUAAAUCUGCACCCUCUGGAUCUGCAGACUUAUGCUACUCAGAUGGUUGGAGAAGAAUAAAGAUUAACUCAACGAAUCAACUAGGAGUAAUUUAACUUUCUGUUAAUUGAUCCUAGUGUUUUAUGAAAGCCUUCAGUUUGGUGUAAAGAAGCUGUUUUUAUUUCUUGUGCAGUAAUUCAUCUCUAAUCUCUAAACUAAAACUAAACCGUCUCAAACUGCAGGGUUCUGAAAAUCAAACUAGUCCAACACUGAAAGCAAACAGAUCAGCUGACGGAGUUAUGUGAGGUGGGAUUGGUUGGGUUAUAAUCCUGUUCAUGUGUCCCCCCUGCAGAUGCUCCUGAGUCGGAGGCAGGAAGUGUGUGACAAUCUGAAGCUUCCCAUGGAGGAGGUGGAACUCAGUAUGGGCAUGUCCACAGACUUCGAACAUGCGGUGAGUUUCAGUCUUCUGUUGGCAUUUACAUGGAGUUGCUUUGACCAAUCAGGAGUCAGCAGGAAAAACUGUCUGUAUGGAGAGCAAAAACAGGAGGAACACAAUCCAUAUACUAAAAAUAUAAAUAGUAUUCUAAAAAUAGUGAAAGCGAGGUUUGGUUUCAUGUAAAAUAUUAUGAUUGUGAUCUAAUUAUGGUUUGUUUCCAGUUGUCAUAGAGAUGUGGAGGCAGACAGGAAAGUGCAGAUGGAAAAAGCACAAAUGCAGCUGAGAUUUGUGAAUCUUUAGAAGCCUGUUUGUCAUUCAGAUCCUCAUGCAGAACUGUAUUAAAAAUAGACAGGACUCUGCAGUGGAAAUCCCCUUAUGUGCCCCGAAUCUCUUAAUAAGAAUACUGUCUGUGAACACAGUUCAUUAGGCAUCCACAAAUCAGGUUCAAACUGAACCAUUCAAAUAGGAAUCUAGCUAGAAACAUGAAGCAGAAACACCAGAGACUUCUCUGGACCUGAGCCCGUAUAAGGUGGAUAUUUUCCCUCUUCAUUUUUUACACUAACUUCAGUGCCUACAACAGGUUCUUGAACAGGUGCUUUUCCUUUUUUAUCCACACAUACACCAAUAAUGGAACCAAAUCAGAAACCACAUUUGAAGUAUUCUUUAUCAUCGUUUUAACAUGUUUCCUCCUCCUGUGUCACAGAUUGAGGUUGGCUCCACUAACGUGAGGGUGGGCAGCGUCAUAUUCGGUAACAGAGAGUAUCCCAACAGUGCAGCUAACACUCCAAACCCAAGUCCAGGUCCCAGCCCAGCCCCCAGCCCUGAAAAAACCUCCAAGACGGUGUCAGAGGAGGCGGCCAAGAAGAUGCAGCACCUGACUGUGUCUGGACAGUAGAAGAAGAAGUGCUCCUCUUCCUCUGAAUAUUCAAGAAAAACUCUUCUCGAUGAGCUCGGUGAGCAGGAAAAGAGGUCAUCUCCACAGGGCAAGCGGGACCCUGAUUUGGGCCUCAUUUUAACGUGUAUUUGAUUAACCCUCUCCAGUCUCUGUGUGCCCGCCUGCUCUCAGAGCAGCGUUCAGACAGAGCUAGUCUGAUCUUUUUUAACAGUAACGUGUCACUAACCUGUAGCUCUCAUGGAAACCCUCCUGCAGUAACUGGAUAAAGUCAGAUAGAAACUACUGAACACUCUGAGGACGUUUGGCGUGAUAGUGAGGAUUUGUGUCAUGUGAUAUUUUCUACCUUCUGACCCGACAUGUGACCGUGCAGAAACGUGACGUCUAACUGAACAAUGUGCCACUUCUGUUGUACGACAGAGACUCUGUUUAAUAAACCAUUGAUCCCUUUAUAACGACACACAGUUUGCGUGUUUGGUAUUGUUUUGGUACGAUGUGUGUGUGUGCGUGUCAGAUCUUUAUUCUUGAUAUGAACAGAGUACGUGUUUCUGUGUCUGUGCUGUGAUUGGUGGAAAUAAGCGAGGAUGUUGUGGAUCUAUGCAAAGUGUUGACUUUGUGUUGCUGGGGCUUUUUAAGUCUGUGUUUCUGUGGUUUCACUGAAGCUCUCUGCGGGUCUCUGUGUCUCUAAAAACCUGAGCUUGGACAUGUGGAUGCUGUGUUUGCAGCCGGAGCCAAGCAAUAAAUCUGACUGUGUUAAAUAUCGGCUGUGUGUUUCUUCAAAAACAACCUCAGAGGUGAGCGGAAGGUUUAAAUAAGACUCUUUAUUCAGCACAUGAAGGUGGUGUGAUAAUAACAACUCAAAAACAUGACCUACCACAGUCUGCAGCUGGACAACUGAACUGAUAAUACUAAUAAUGCUAAUCCACUUUUCUCUGUCUAACAAUAAAAACUCAUCUCCCAUCAUGAAUCAGAAUAUUUAUCCAUGAGUGUAAACUUGGCCGAGGCUCUGCAGCAGAAUAAAUACGUUUUUGGACACUGAUGACAGGAACAGUCACAAACUUCAUUCAGUGUAAAAAGUUUUAGAAAAUGAACAGCUGCACGUUUUAUUUACAACAAAGAUAAUUCUGUUAUCACAAACUGUAUCUACAGAACAGCCCUAACGAAAAUGUGCGGGAAAAUCAAGCUAAAAACUAUUUACAUUCAGCAGAAAGUGACACCACUGUAAUUCAGCGUCAAUAAGCCAAAUAUAAACUGGUAAAAAGUGAUUAUGACCAUAAAUACUGAAUAACUUUAGAGUUUAUGAACCAUGAAAUAAUCUGUAACUGGAGUUUUAGCUGUAAAUACAUGAGUGAAUUAUGAUAUCAAGUAUUUAUGACUGAGUGAAUAGUGUGUAUUUAUAUUGUAUUUAUGUGUUCACUCUUCCUUAACCUUCAUCACUGCUGAGCGUGCUCCAUUAGGUAAUGAAGACUACAGCGUGAGGCGACUUUCUGUAUCUGAAUAUUGUUACACAAAAUAUUUGGAUGAAUUUAAUCAAAGAAUCAAAUCAAAAACAUAUUUGACCUCCUAUUGCAAUCAAAUUGAGAACCACUACAUCCAUUGAGCAGCAUAUCAAAUAAUCCCAAAUGAUGUUGAAAAUUUCCUGACCUCCAAAUGGUGCAAGUUUAUACUUUAUGCUUUGAGGAGAAGGUGAACAUUAAAGGCGUAUGACCUGUUAGCAAAGGCUAAAUAUGAGGUUAAAGUGAGGCAGUUCUACAGAGGCAUGAAGAUUUAGUGUGACUUUAGUUGACUGAGACCUCAGAUAUCUUUAGGGGUUAUUAAACUAUGAAACAAACUAUGACAGAAUCAUAAAAACAUAUUUUUUACAGAAGCUCUAAGCAGACAUGCUUCCACAUUUUUUAUUUAAUCAGUUGUCCUGUGAGAAAGAGAUUAUUUUGGUUGUUUUAUCAUGAUCUGCCCUGAAGAUGAACAUAUUUGAGAGCUGGUUUUUAGCGGACAGGUGAGGUGAGUCAUGUAAAGAGGCAAUUGCCGAGACUGCUUUGUUUUCUAGAUGACCAGAAAAUGAUCCUGUUAUCAUGAGAGAACAAGCUCUUCCAUCUCAGGAUACUAAGGAGUAAAUAAGCCCAAAUCUCAAGAGAACCACAGAAAUGAAAUCUUCAUCUUAAUAAAAUGUAUGACGCAUGUCUGCUCAGGGUGUGGUGUUUCUCAGGAUCAGCCACUGGGUUAUUAGCUCAAAAAUAAUCACUAGUUUAUUCCUGUGUGACAAUAAAAUCAAACCUCAGGUCACUCAUGUCUCUAGUGGUUCAGCACAGGAGGGUAAAAGCAGGAGAACAAAGAGAGAUAACUGGUGUCGCUAACGGAAAAAGAAUCAAACUCUAAAACUUGUAGAGGGAGACCUGGUCACCCAGGACCGAUACCUGCUGCCGUGAUCGGCUCAGUGUACCGUUUAUGGCUGAUAAUCGGACCUCACGCCUCUUCCUGGUCAUCUGCAGUGUCUGUGAACUUGAGCUAACGUGGUCUCCUGAUGUUAAACCAGUUUCUUGGCCUCAAAGAAGCUCUUCAGGUGCUUCAUCUGCCAGAUUCCCGUGACGAUGAGGAUGAGUGUCUGAGCGAUGGACCACCAGAGGACGCGCUGGUUGGUGCUCUCGCUCGUCAUACGGAAACGCUCCUCG